AUGUCUCGCCAGUCCUGUGGUCUCGGCAAGGGCUUCAGCUCCAGCUCCGCUUGCUUUGGAGGGAAGAACAAGGUCACGUUCAGCUCUGUGUCCCGUGGAGCAUGCAGAGGACCUGGCAAUGCUGGUGGCUUCAGCAGCAGAAGCCUCUAUUGCUUGGGAGGGAGUAAAAGCACCUCUCUGGGAGGAUUCGGUGGUGGUGUCUGCAGAGGUUUCGGGGCUGGUGGCCAAGGAGGCUUUGGCUAUGGCUAUGGUGCUGGGGCAGGACUUGGUGGCAGCUGUGGCUUUGGUGGAGGCCUCGGUGGUGGUUUUGGUGGCUUUGGUGGAGGAUUUGAUGUCGGGAUGGGAGGUCAAGGUUUUCCUCCUUGCCCACCGGGUGGCAUCAGGGAAGUGACCAUCAACCAGAGCCUGCUGACCCCACUCAACCUUGAAAUCGACCCUGAGAUCCAGAAGGUGCGAACACAAGAGCGGGAGGAGAUUAAGCAGCUCAACGACAAAUUCGCUUCCUUCAUUGACAAGGUCCGGUUCCUAGAGCAGCAGAACCGAGUCCUGGAGACCAAGUGGAAACUCCUGCAGGAACAAGGUGGCACAGGGCUGGGUGGCAGGAACCUCGACCCCAUUUUUGAAACCUAUGUCAGUGGGCUGAGGAAGCAGCUGGACUGUCUCUCCAGCGAGAAGCAUCAGCUGGAGUCAGAGCUGAAGAACUUCCAAGAUAUGGUAGAAGACUUCAAGACCAGGUACGAAGAGGAAAUAAACAAGAGGACAACUGCGGAGAACGAUUUCGUGCUCCUAAAAAAGGAUGUGGACGCAGUCUACAUGACCAAGGUGGAACUUCAGGCAAAAUUAGAUUCUUUGGCAGAUGAGAUCAACUUCCUGAAGUAUCUUUAUGAAGUGGAGCUGUCUCAGAUGCAGAAGGCUGUUUCUGACACCUCUGUGGUUCUCUCCAUGGACAAUAACCGAUGCCUGGACCUGGACAGCAUCAUUGCAGAAGUCAAAGCCCAAUACGAGGAGAUUGCCAACAGGAGCCGACUGGAGGCUGAGUCUUGGUACCGAAGCAAGUAUGAAGAGCUGCAGGUUACUGCUGGGAAACAUGGAGACAGCCUUAAGGACACAAAGAUCGAGAUCUCUGAACUCAACCGAAUGAUCCAGAGGAUACGGGCUGAGAUUGAGAGUGUGAAGAAACAGUGUGAAGCUCUGCAGAGCUCCAUUGCGGAUGCUGAGGAACGUGGUGAAGUGGCCCUCAAGGAUGCCAAGGCCAAACUGACUGAAUUAGAGACAGCUCUGCAGAAAGCCAAGGCUGACCUGGCCCGGCAGCUCCGUGAGUACCAGGAGCUGAUGAACGUCAAGCUGGCCCUGGAUGUUGAGAUUGCGACCUACAGGAAGCUGCUGGAAGGAGAGGAGUGCAGGAUGUCUGGAGAGUGUCCAAACACCGUGAGCAUCUCUGUGGUGGGAGGUGGCAGCAGCUCUGUGGGAGGUGGAUAUGGCAGCGGACUGUGCCUUGGAGGAGGAGGAGGAAUCGGAUUCGGUGCUGGAAGUGGGAGAGGCAUCUGUAACACCGGCGGUUCUGGCUUCUGCUACAGCCUUGGAGGGGGUGGAUUUGGUUCUGGGGGGGCAGGAUUGUGCUCUACAGGUGGAGGGUCUAACUCAGCGGCAGUGGGGUCUGGCACCAUCCUGAAGAAGACCACCAGCUCUGUGUCUGUCAGCCGGAGGGUCUAG